UGGUUUAAAUCUUUACUAUCGAGGUUCGAUUCACUUGUCAUUUUAAGGGUAUUUGAAAUUUGUACGUUUACUUCAUGGGCCAUUUACUUGGCAAAAAACUUUGAUACUCUCCUUGCACCUUGUUCUUUGCUAGUUAGAAGUAGGGAGGCAAGGGAAAAGAGAGCUUUCAAUCGUUUUUCCGGUUUUUCAUUUCAUGUAAUCAAAACAAAUAUGCUAUGUUUAUUUAGCAGCAUUAUUUUUGUAUUAAUCUCAAAAAUUUUUAAGGUACUUAAUAAUAAUGGUUUGAUAAGCAUGCAUUAUCAUGCAUUCCUAUAAUUGUCGCUUUUAGUGCACAGAUUCGAUUUGCUCACUGGCUUUGCAACGCAACACAGCGUUAUGCUGAAGUUAGUAAUCUGUGGAAUCUUGCAGUUGUCAUUUCGUUAUAAUUUCGUUUCGUAGGUACGCCUUGGAGAGUUUUUUCCUAAAAAUAAAUAGUUAAUAUAAAAUAAAUAUAUACGAAAAAUGGAUGUCUUUCUCAUGAUUAGGCGAAAAAAAUUAACCAUCUUCACUGACGCGAAGGACACGACAACGGUUUUAGAACUGAAGAAAAUGAUAGAAGGUAUCUUGAAAGUGACACCACAAAGUCAGAUGCUGUUCAACAAGGACAGUCAGCUGAUGGACGAUGAGAAGACCCUUGCUGAAUAUGGCCUGACAUCGGCUACGGCUAAGGCCCAGAGUCCUGCACCAAUUGGAUUGGCUUUAAGAUGGAUCAACACUAAACGACUCUGCUGUGGUUUGGACGAAACUGAUGCGAGCACCAACUUGGCAUCACAACGAUUUUGUAAUAUACCUAGUUCAUUCGACUGAACUAACUCGCUCGGGGGCUCCACCAUCGCCCGCGAGCGACAACUUAAUUAUAUUUUUUUGCAUAUAACAUAUUUUGUUAUUAAUUUAUCGAUCAUUUUGCUCGAUUUUAACAUAUUCUGUUACGUCUACACGUUUCUUUGUAGUAUUUUUGUGAUGCUUUGUACGAAGGGAGUGUAGCUUUUUGUAGUUUAUUGCGAAACUUCAACCACGACUGCUCAGUGGUUACACAUUUGUAAGUGGUUCAUACUAGUUUUGUUACAUAUAGAUGUUGAGGUGACCUCUGCGCCGCCGGCCGCACUGUGCUGCCAUCUGUUGGCACUCUGCGGCGACAGAGUCAUUCAGGGAUGUAUCGGUAGUCGAGUAUUAGUCAACUAGUCUACAUUAUAUCCAACGUUUACAACUUGAAGCGCAUGGAAUACCUAUUACAGGAUUACGAAUGAAUUACAUCGAUUAAGUUAGCUCAAUUGAAACCUAGGUUUUAGUGCUAAUAGUAUUUAUUUUAACUAUAGUUGGUGUAACAUAUGGCAGCCGGUACAUCUCUACCGAAUACACACGAGAAUAGAACCUCGCGCGGUGCGGACAUAUACUUAUUGGCACAAUUGAUAUUAAUCAUUCAUCAUCUAUUGUGGCUUCGUUAGACUACCUAGGCCAUGACGUCACACCAUUUGAACUUAUAGCUGGAAAUAUAAAAUGAAAUGGUAUCUCAAUUAUUGAAAUGAAUGUUAGAAAGUUUGUGCCUAUAAUUGAUCGCACUUAACUAGUUGAUAAAUGUUUAAACGAUCUAUGUUACUAACUCCGCGACACUUUGAUUUUAAAGCUUGACGCUUCAACUUGUACCGUUUUGUCAUAUAUUCGAGGGUACCCUAAUAUUAAAGUCAUCGUUCACGAUAGCAUUGUGUAGGGUCGUCGGUGUGGGAGUGUGUUUACUUGCAGCGCCGUGGCAUAUAAACUAUAUUUUGAUUAAUGUUGCAAUUGUAUUGCUAGAUUACUGUAAGCUUACGUUACCACGCGUGCUACAAAUAAACAUAUUCUAUUGUCUUUUUAAUAAGCAGUUUGUUUGAAGCAUAAAGUAAUACUGAGAAACUCGCUGCUGCGCUCGAAGCAAACUGAUCUCGUGACAUCUGAUUUUGUAUGUGGAUUUUAUAAUUUUUAAUUUUAUUACACAGUAAUGCAAGUUGUGACGGCUAUAUUUAUUUCUGCUAGGUUUCUAUUAGUUUCGGAAUACUAAGGCAACAUGAACUGUUGGUCAUUGAGGUUGGAUCCGAUGUCGCCAACGUUCUGGUGGAUGCGACAGCGCUGGUGGCAGUGGCACGGCUUGUCCCACCGUCCCACGCUCUCGCACAGUUUGUCAGUGUUACUUUAGUUUCGGUCACGUUCAUGUGUACACAUUAUAAAUAUGAUUUUAAAUAAAAUUAAUGAUACGGUAUUUAACUGAGAUAGUAUAGAAUGGACUAUAGAUAGUAGCUAAUUUAAUAGGGGUAAAAUAGGGGCUUUUUAUAUUUCAUAAUUACAAAAAUAAUCUUCGUUUGUCUGCAACAUUCUUUAUUGUGAUUUAUAUUAAAAAAAUAACGCAUCGCAAAUGAAUUUGAAUGUUUCUAGUUCCUCUCAAUGAAACAAUGUUUUCUCUAUUUUUUAUGUAAUUUACUAUUGCACCUUUAUUAAUGUAAGAUAUUUUGUAUAUUUUGGUUGGGGUUCAUCCAUUAUAUACGGCGUCAUCGCUGCCGGUGCAGCUCGCGACACGCCCACACGUCUGCUCGUGCGAGCGUGUCCGUGGCCCACUGACAGACGAGCCGCUUUCGGUGCAUAGCUAGAUAAUAACAUACUAAAAAUUUUGUGAGUCAGACUUGCUACCAAAUACACUUUCUUUUUUAAAUUCAUACCCAAAAAUAGGAUAGUUGGUGGGUAACAAUAUUGCACCUAAUUGCACUUAAAGUAAGAUAGAGAAUUCAAAACCAUUCUUAUGUGAUUCAGAACCACUACCAUGAGUUUACUUGAGUAUUUACGUGUCGUGAUAAGUCAAUGUUUUGUACCAUAUGCUUUCUCUCUAUCGAAUUUGUAGUGUGCGAGUAAACCGUGGUAGUGGGGAUAUAGUUGGUGAACUAGUCGAGUUCAAGGUGUAUGAAACUAUAGUGUGGUUAGCUGUUACGUCUCAUAUUACUCAACUUUGUUUACUGUGCUGGUACUAACCUUGCAAUGUUACGUACUCAGCAAGAACACAUUUGAAAUUAUGUAUUUAUUCAUUUAACAUUUAAGCUAUUGUAAUCUAAGGUCUCAAAACGGAGAGGUUUUGUAAACCAAGUACUAAGUAAAUAAUUGAACAAAACCGCUUGAAAUACAUAAUGAGACUUAGACAAAGAAUACCUAGUGUAGUUUCAAGAACCCACAGAUGAACCAGCAGGAAAUAAAGCUGUUUUGAUUUGU